CGCUAAUCCCACCUGGUGGUUAGCGGGCGAGCCACACUGAUCAUCGACUUACCUUAUACGGCGCAUCGGCGAGGGAGCGUUUGUAUUAAGGACACCGUGCCCGUCCUCGACUUUUUCCAGUUGCAAGGGUAGCAUACAUCCAGUAGCAGAGCACAACCAUGAACGGCACCAUCCACGACAUCCUCUGCGCAGGUUUCGGCCCAGCCGGUUUGGCGAUCGCCGUAGCCCUCCAUGACCACCCCGCAACAUCCCACAUCUUCUCCUCCUACACCAAAGGCUUCCCCGGCCACCGCGGCUCCCUCGCAGACAGCGGUUACGCAACCUCUACCCCCCCUUCUCCCUCCUCCGAAACCGCUCCAGCCUCCUCGGUCUUAUUCCUGGAGAAACAAGCACAGUUCCGUUGGCACCCGGGGAUGUUGAUCCCAGGUUCCCGUAUGCAAAUCUCGUUCCUGAAGGAUAUGUGUACCCUCCGCGAUCCCACCUCUUCUUUCUCUUUCCUGUGUUACUUGAAGAGUAAGGGACGACUUGUGAACUACAUCAAUCUCGGGACUUUUUAUCCGAGACGCGAGGAGUAUGAGGAUUACCUCCGUUGGGCGGCGGGGAGGUUUGGGGAGGUUGUUAGGUACUCACGCGAGGUCGUGGGUGUUGAGACGACGGAGUUGGAGGGUGGAAGGGUCGUGCGCGUCACGGCGAGGAACGUGCUGAACAACGAGACCGAGACCUACCUCACCCGCAAUCUCAUCCUCAGUACGGGAGGCCAAGCGAGGUUCCCGACAUUGUUCGCAAAAUACACCCCGCAUCCACGCCUAAUCCACUCCUCCUCCUUCCUCACCUCACUCCCAUCCCUCCCCCUCCCCACCCUUCGCCGCGUGGCCGUCCUGGGCGGAGGUCAAUCAUCCGCCGAGAUCUUCAGGCACCUCACCCACAUCCUCCCCUCCUCCUCCGAAAUCGACCUCGUCAUCCGUGCACGCGCUUUGAAACCCUCAGACGACAGCCCCUUCGUCAACGAAGUCUUCAACCCAGAAUCCACGGAUGUGUUCUUUGAUAUGUCUGAGACGGAGAGAGACGGCGUCCGUCAAGACCUUCGUGCGACGAAUUAUGGUGUUGUGAGGAAUGAGUUAUUGGAGGAGUUGUAUGAGGACUUGUAUAUCCAGGACAACUUACACCCAGACACUUCACGCACUCGUCCCCGUGCGCAGAUCUUGACUCGCAGAGAAAUUCUGGCAGUGAAACCGAAUGAGGACGAGUCAUUUACGCUACAGAUGAGGAAUGCGGCGACGGGGGAGGAGUAUCAAGAAACGUAUGAUGCCAUUUUCUUGGGUACGGGAUACCACCGCGCACUCUACCGCACCCUCCUCGCGCCCCUCUCCCACCUCCUCCGUACCGCCGCAACCCGAUCCGGGUCCGCGGAUGGUGAGGUAAGCGAGGAGGAAGAUAUCGUUAUUUCUCGUGAUUAUCGUGUGCAGCUGGUAGAUGGGAAGGAAGGACCGAGGAUUUGGUUGCAGGGGACGUGUGAGAGGACGCAUGGGUUGAAGUGUUCUUAACGCUUGAAUCAAAAUGGGGUUGAACUUCUGGGAUGUUUAUGGUGGUACAUAGAGAGCUGGUCUCAUGGGACUCGGGAGUUGUUUUACUCAUUUUCCAUUUUUGUGGGGGAGGGAUGCGGGGUAACGUUAUCGUUGUUGGGUUUGUGAUUUUUUUGAAGUAUAUAUCAGGUACUCGAUUAAGGGGAUCAUUUUGGCUGAAGUUCUGUCUG